UCUCUUCCCAUCUCUCUUACUUUCUCUCUUUACACUGCAAAUGUCUCAAGUCCUCGUAGAUUCACCAAAACAUUGUGCCAAAAAAGGAUUCAAAGUAAACAAAUUCAUUAACAGAAAAAUCUUGUAUGUUUUCUCAACUUUCUUCUCGACUAUUAUCUUUUUAAUUUUUCUCAUUUGGUUAACCUUACAUCCAUCAAAACCUGAGUUUUUCCUUAAGCAAGCUGAUAUCUAUCAACUUAAUCUUUCAAGUCCCCAUCUUCUAAACUCUUCCAUACAGAUUACUCUAGUUUCAAAAAAUCCUAAUACAAAAGUAGGUGUUUUCUAUGAUCAACUUCAAGUUUAUGCCUCAUAUAAAGGACAACAAAUUACUGUUGAUGAAUAUCUGCCACCAUUUUAUCAAGGUCAUGAAGAUAGCAAUAUUUUAAGUGCUUCGUUAAUGGGUAUUAGUCUACCUGUGUCUCCUUCUUUCGGCUAUGAAGUUAGCCGUGAUCAAACUAUUGGUAAGUUGGUUUUCAGUUUAAAGAUUAAUGGAAGAUUAAGGUGGAAAAUUGGAGCAUGGGUUUCAAGUCCUUACCGGUUUAUCGUUAAUUGUGUUACGAUUCAGGCUUUCGGACCGAAUAAUGCCGUCGGUUCAGGUCCUCUUAGUGCUAAACAAGGUAGUCAAUGCUCUACAACUGUUUAAGAGAAAACACAUAUUAUGUCUUAAGUUAGUUAAAAGGCUAUGUCAUAAUUAAGUUUAUUGUAUUUUAUCUCUUCAGAUUUUGUGUUUUUA